AUGACGAAUAAUUGCAAAAAGUGUAAUGCCGUGGACGACGAUAAUAUGGUCCAAUGUGACACGUGUGAUGGAUGGUUCCAUUUUACCUGUGUCGGAGUCGAUAGCUGCAUAGCUGAAGUAAGUUGGAGCUGUGACGCUUGUGAACACAGUGCAUCGGCAAGACUUACAAGACCCAUCUCUUCAUCAUCGCCUACGACCAAUAUUGGAGGAACAACAGUAGAUCGUCGCGUACAUUUUUCAGUGACCGAACCGACUGCAUCAGUGAUCGCAACUGCUAAUCUACAUGGUAACCAGAUAUUUACCGAAGCGCAUGCAAUGACACCUGGGCAGACUACUCAAUGUGUACGAAGACCAAUUCCGGUCGUACAGAGUACUUCAACGGUUUCGCAAACUUUUCCCGGUACAGCAGCGUUCACCAAUCCAAUGAAUUUCGUAUCAUUACCAAUCUCCGAGAAUCCGAAGACGCCAAGCGUAAUAAAUACGCAUUACAAUGUAUAUGCGCUGGGAGGCGAUGAGUCAAUGCUAAAUGCAUCUGGCCAAAAUCAUAGUUCACCAGUAAGUCAACGAAAUCUGCAGCUUGAGCGACUAGAGGAGGAGUUCAAGAUCCAGCAACAGUACCUGGAAAAUAAAUAUAAAAUUUUAUCGCAAUCUUCGGAAUCUAUCUCGUCGAACACCUUUAGUUUACUCAACAAUGGGCCAACAGCUACGCAACUAGCAGCAAGGCAAUCUAUACCAAAACAACUGCCUAUGUUCAGCGGCGAUCCUGAGGAGUGGCCGCUAUUUAUCAGCACAUUUGAAAAUAGCACUGCAGUAGCUGGAUACUCAGACGCGGAGAACCUCAUUCGUUUGCAAGCUUGUCUCAAAGGUAAGGCUCGUGACAUAGUGAAAAAUAAAUUAUUUUUGCCAUCUAUGGUUGCCGACAUAAUCCAAACGCUAAAGAUGUGUUUCGGUAGACCUGAGCAGAUUCUUGAACGUGCAAUGAAUAGGGCUCGCGCAAUGCCUCCUAUUAAAGAUAAAUUAGAAUCACUGAUAGAUUUCGCCUUAUGCGUGAAGAAUAUUUGUACAACUAUGGAAGGAUGUCAGAUGUAUGCACAUUUACACAACCCACUUCUCGUCAAAGAAUUAGUCGACAAACUUCCGAAUAAUCAAAAACUCAACUGGGCGAUGACUCCUAAAGACAAUGCAAUCCCUGCUGUUAAAUUAUUCAGCGACUGGCUUUACAAACUUGCUGAAGCUGCUAGCAUGGUCGUAUCUUUUACGCCAACCAGAGAUGAAGGUUCAGCAGUAACAUUAAUCGAUAAGAAUUUAUUUGAUGAACUUGGCCUUAAAGGUACACAUGAUCCUAUAUGUCUACGGUGGACUGGUAACACGACACGCUCCGAAAAUGAAUCAGUGCGAGCAACAAUCAAGAUCUCGAAUGCUACCAAUAGGCGUACAUAUAAAUUGAAUGGUGUGCAUACUGUCAACGCCCUCGACUUACCUGAGCAGUCAAUCGAUGCUGAAACAAUAGCUAAAAAAUAUCCGCACUUGAACGGUUUGCCAAUCGAAUUUUAUAAUAAAGUGAAACCAUCGUUACUCAUUGGCGCUGACAACUGGAAAUUAGCUGUUCCUUUAAAAGUAAAAGAGGGAGCGUGGAUGCAGCCAAUCGCUUCGAAAACGCGUCUAGGCUGGACAGUUCAAGGCGGUCAGAACGAUCACAUUUUUGACUUCCGACUCAACGUUCACUAUUGUGACUGCCAGAAGGGCUACCUAGAAUUACAUGAGAGAGUAAAGGAGUUCUUCAGAUUGGAGUCACCGGACGCAUCAAAUUUGUUAUCUGCAGAAGAUCAAACGGCCGUAGACUUAAUGAAUGCCACAUGUCGCAAGGUUGAUGGUUUUUACGAGAUUGGUUUGCCAUGGCGAGAUCUAAAUGUAUCUUUACCAGACAGUUACUCAAACGCGCUUAACCGAGCCAUAUGUCUCAAGAGGAAGUGUGCUCGAGAUCCAAAUUUGAGAGCAGAAAUUCAGCAGCAAAUUAACAAUCUAGUAUCAAAAGGUUAUGCUGAAAAACUAAGCACACCUGAACUUCACAUGGAAAGGGAAAAAGUAUGGUAUCUUCCCAUAUUCGUAGUAACGAACCCAAAUAAACCGGGAAAGGUACGUUUAGUUUGGGACGCUGCAGCGAAGGCCAAAGGGGUAUCGCUAAACGACUUCCUGCUUACUGGUCCAGAUAUGCUCAAUUCACUGUUCGAGAUAUUGUUGGCGUUUAGAGUAGGUAAAGUAGCCAUAUGCGGUGACAUCUCCGAGAUGUUUCACCGUAUCAAAGUCAGAGAAAGCGACCGACAUGCUCAGCGAUUUUUAUGGUGGGACAACGAUGAAGAAUCAAAACAACCGAACAUUUACGUCAUGCGAGCAUUGACGUUCGGAACGAGCUGCGCUCCUUACAUUGCGCAUUUUGUGCGCGAUAAAAAUGCGAGCUGUUUUGAAGAAGAUUUUCCACGAGCGGUAGAAGCGAUCCAAAAACAUCACUAUGUGGAUGAUUUUAUAGAUAGUGAAAACAGCGAGCAAGCAGCUUUAGAAUUAGCUCUGCAAGUUAAGCAAAUUCAUGCAUCUGCCGGUUUUAACAUACAUAGCUGGACCUCCAACUCCAAGUUCGUCCUCGAACAACUACGUGGAGAUGCGGCAGAAAUUCAAGGCCCGAAAGAAUGGGGAUCUGCGGCAAAAAUAUUAGGUAUGUUCUGGGAUUCAGCUAACGAUUCGUUUAGAUAUAUUUGCAGAUUUAUGCGAUUACGCCGAGAUGUCGUAAACAACUCGAUCGUACCGACAAAAAGAGAGAUACUUCAAGUACUCAUGUCAAUUUUUGACCCGCUCGGACUUAUAAGUUGCUUCACUAUAGGGCUUAAAAUCCUUCUCCAAGAUAUUUGGCGAUCUGAUAUUGGAUGGGAUGAACCCCUAAGCAUAGAUUUAUAUGAAAAAUGGUGCCAUUGGAAGUCAAAUAUUGAAGUUAUAAAGACAGCGAAAAUUCCUCGCUGCUAUUCAGAGUUUUUACAACAUGCGAAGGAGGUUCAACUUCACAUGUUUGUGGAUGCUGGCGAAAACGCAUAUUCAGCUGUGUGCUAUUUGCGUGUUGAGCAUACUAAUGGCAUCUCCGUUGCACUCGUUGCCGCGAAAUCAAAGGUCUCGCCUCUAAAGCCAUUGUCUAUACCUAGACUAGAGCUUCAGGCCGCGCUCGUAGGAGUAAGACUAGCAGGUGCAGUACUUAAUGUUCAACGCAUACCCAUAACAAAGCACUAUUUUUGGACGGACUCGAAGACGGUUCUAAGGUGGUUGCGAAUGGACCCGAAGAACUUCAAACCGUAUGUUAUGCAUCGAGUCGGAGAAAUUUUAGAGUCCACAAACGUAUCCCAAUGGGAUUGGGUACCUUCGAAAGAGAACCCGGCCGACUUAGCCACGAAAAGUUCAGUUCGGCUUAACUACAAGAUGUGGUUCUCUGGUCCACAGUUUUUACUAUCUCAAUCGAAUGAGUGGCCUCAUUGCGAAGAGUUCAAAGGCGACGAAAUCGACCAAGUCGAACUAAAACGUUACGUGCUGCAAAUAGACAGGGUAAUUCAAAAAAGUUUAUCGCUGGACACAGAAUAUUUCUCGGAUUGGAAGCGCUUAUAUAGAGCAGUUGCGACGUUCUUGCUGUAUAUGAAUAAACUGCUUGCAGCGACUAAAACGCAAAAGUUUAAUAAAGCCAUCGAUUUUCAAAUGAUUCAACGAGCUCAAAUAAUCAUAAUAAAAUAUGCUCAGGACAGCGUAUAUCGCGAAGAAAUAAACCUCUUGUGUCUCGGUAAAGCUCCGCGUAAGCAUAGCCAGCUUGGCUCUUUGAAUGUAUAUUUAGACAAGAGCGGAGUAAUUAAGAGCAAAAGCCGCGCAGAGCACCUUAACAGUCGUGCGGACGUUAUUGUGCUACCAAAUUCACACCAUGUUACAUUUUUAAUUGUUCGCUCGAUACAUGAAAAAUUCCAUCACCACAUGCACGAAGCUAUCAUUAACACAGUACGCGCACAAUAUUACAUACCUCGACUACGAGUCUUGUACAGAAAGGUCCGCAAAUCUUGUCAGCAGUGUAAAAAUUACACCGCUAAACCAAAUGCGCCACAAAUGGCGGUAUUGCCAAGUGCGAGGCUUGCAGCCUUCGAAAGGCCUUUUACUUUCGUCGGAAUCGAUUUCUUUGGUCCACUCUUGGUGAACGUUGGGAGAAGGCGGGAAAAACGGUGGGGUGUUUUAUUCACCUGUCUAACACUGCGCGCUAUUCAUAUGGAAAUUGCGCACAGCCUGGAUACAUGUUCUUGCGUUAUGUCGAUCAGAAAUUUUGUAGCUCGCCGUGGCUACCCACGACAAAUCUUCACCGAUAACGGCACGAAUUUCAAAGCUGCGAAAAAGAUCAUAUGCGCGGAGAUGAAAGAGGUAGAUUUUUCACUACUUAUGUCAACAUUCGACCAGAUCAGCUGGAAGUUCAUUCCGCCAGCAGCGCCUCAUAUGGGAGGGGCUUGGGAACGGCUCGUGCGGUCUGUCAAAUCUGUUUUGUACAAUAUUAUGCCGUAUGCAAACUUCAACGACGAAAGCCUCAAAAGUAGCUUAUGCGAAGUAGAAUACAUCAUAAAUGCACGCCCCUUAACUUUCGUUUCACUCGAAUCAGACGACGACGAUGCUAUUACGCCAAAUCACCUUCUGCUGGGUUCGCCGGAUGGCUUCAAACCCGUGUGUACCGACGAAUUAGACCUAAGAAAACGUUGGUACCAGACCCAAAAGUUCGCUGACAGAUUCUGGCACAGAUGGGUUAAGGAGUACGUACCCAUCAUCUCUAGACGUAGCAAAUGGUUUAAUAAGGUACCGCCGAUACGUGUUGGAGAUAUUGUCGUCAUAGUCGACGAAAAUUUGCCAAGGAAUUGCUGGCCGAGAG